UAAAUCAGGCUCUUUCUUUUUGUUGGGUCCGCGCCAAUUCGGAAUACAGGCUCUGUGAAAGAGAGGAGGGAAACAUGCUAUCUUCUUCUCUAGUCUCGCCGUUAACUGUGUGCCCGAAUAGAGAGCUCCACUGGUUUAGAUUGAAGGAGAGGUGCAAAUGCAAACCCAGGAUCUCUUGUUUCUUCUCCGGUGGAAACACCAACAAACAGGAGCAAGCUAGAAAAGCACUAGAAAAUGCUCUUGGUGGAAAGAAGAAUGAAUUUGAGAAAUGGAACAAGGAAAUUCAGAAGAGGACAGAAGCAGGUGGUGGAGGUGACGCAGGGAGAGGUGGAUGGUUUGGAGGUGGUGGGUGGUUUGGUGGAUCAGAUGGUGAUCGCUUCUGGAAGGAAACACAACAGACCAGCCUUACUGUUGCAGGAAUCAUUUUCUUGUAUCUGAUAAUCUCCAAAGGCAAUGUGAUGUUCGCUAUCAUCUUCAACUCUUUACUGUACGUUUUACGGGGGAGCCGAAAUUUCUUCACAUCAGCAGCCUACGUGUUUGCUGGUAAGGCUUCUGCACUGAAGCCUCUGUCUGACGGAAAAGCUAGUGAACAAGUUGUGGCAAAGCCUUCUGCUAAAGAGAGAGUUGUAAGGAAGUGGGGGAUGAAUUGAUUCUUUUCUGUGGCCAAGCUUUAUGCUGUAAGAGAUACAACGAAGUGCACAGUCAAUAGUUACUUUUUUUUUUCCUCCUGUGAUAGAAGAGGCAGCUAUAAACUUAAGAAAAUAGAAGAGUAGAGUGUCUGAGAAAGAAAUUAGGUACAUCGUCCGUGCUAGUUUGUCGUACCUCUUUUGCUUUAGUUUCCUCCUUAGUCUCUCAUUUGUAAACGUGUGGAAUUUUUGAAAGAAAAUGAGUAUAUGGUUUUCUAGAAUGAGUCUCCUUGAAUAUAUCA